CACGAGCAGCCGUGACUUCGCACCGGAACCCGGUACAAUUGCGACCAACCUCUUUCAACACACAAACCCACAUGCGCGCAAACCGCAACUCGCACACAGGACGGAUUUGAUCAUUGGCCGUCUUUACGCCUCACUUUAACGACAGUACAAGGCACAUUGGCGCAGCAAGUGCGAGCCAAGAACCGCCUGUGCCCAUAAACCCUGAACACCUGCUCAUAAUCGCGUAAUACUAGCAAUCUCAAGUAGUAUUACACGACGAGAGGCAUCCUGCCUCGCUCAGCUGCUUUGCGAUGGCCCUUGUCCCCGACGACGAGAAUGACAGGCCCUGGAAGCCAUGGACAGAAGAUGAGUUGAAUACAAUUGUCCACAUCCACGCUCAACUUGGCAACAGGUGGAGCCGGGUUGCCCUGCACUUGCCAGGGCGCACCGAGAAUGACAUCAAGAACUUGUGGCAUUCCACCGCACGCGGCAAGAACAUCUCCCGCGCCUCCACGCUGCUCAUAGACUACGUGCGUGCAGUGGCGGCCCACUGCGACCGGCCAGAGGCCCGACUGGCCGCUCUGGAGCAUGCGCUGAAGCAAAAGCAGCAGCUGCAGCAGGAGCGGCUAGAGCAGGAGCUGCAGCUGCAGCUUGGACAGGCGCCGCAACAGCAGCAGCACAGCACGCCUGCCAAUAACUGCCAAGAGGACGCGGCAGACGCGGCAGCGGCGGCGUUGAUUGAUUCUUCAUCGGUUGGUGAUCCGGCCUUUCUUGACAGCUGCUGCAACACAGCUGCGGCAGCUGCGGCCGGCAAUAGGCAACAGCAGCAGAUGCCUGCUGUGAUGGACCUCGCCGCAGACGUGCUCUGCGACAACGCAGGCGGAGGCGCGGUCGCAGUGUUGGCCAAGCAGCAGCCGGUUGCUGCUGCUGCCGUUGAGGGCGGCUGGGUUGCGCCGUCCUCCUCUGCAGCCGCCACUACUGCCGCCCAGCAGCUGCGGGGGCGGGGGCGGCAGGGGCGGGAGCAAGGAAAGGAAGCAUUGCCGGCAGCAGCAGCAGCCGCGCCUGCAGCGCCGGCGGCACUGCUGCACCGUUUCAUGGAUGAUUACCACCUGCAGCCACACCAGCCGCAGGUGGAGGAGGAGGAGGCGGUGGAGGCGGUGGAGGCGGAGGAGGACCAUCAGCAACACGCCCAGCACCAAAAUGAACACCAGAAGCAGCGGCAGCAGCAGCAGCAGCAGCAGCCGGCGGCGGCGGCGGCGGCGGGCACGACUGAUGCUCUGGAUGAGCUGCUCGACCAGAUAGACCUGAUGGAUGCGAUGGUGCUGGCGGAGCCGCUGUCCUCCGUGGCGGCCGGCGGCGAUCGUGAUGAGGAGCAGGGAGGAGGCGGCGGAGGCGGUGGGCAGAUGGAGGAAGACGAAAUGGCGGCGGCGCCGCCGAUGGUUAUGUUGAGAAAGUGGCUGCCGGCGGCUGCUCGCCGGCAACAGCAGCAGCAGCAGCAGCCGCAGCAGCAGGGGGCUCAGCAGGUGGGGCGGUGGGAGGCGGUGGCGGCGGCGGGAUCCGCGGUGGCGGCGGCCGAACCCGCUGCUGUCGCUGCCGCUGAACUUGCGCGAGUGAUGGAGUAUGCUGAGGAGCAAGAGCAGCAGCAGCAGCAACAGCUGCUGCUCUUGCCUGUAGAUGCCAUGCAGCAGCUACAGCCACAGCUACAGCCACAGUUACCGCUGCUGCAGCAGCUGCAAACCUCAUUAUCCGGUAUCAUUGCUGGAGACCGCAGCGGCGGCCGCAGCGGCGAUCUCGGAAACAGCAGCAGCCGACUGCUGCUGCUAUCCGCCGCGCACGCGUCAUCUCUGUCGGCGGCGGCAGCGGCGGCGGCCGCGGCGCAGCAAUGGGUUGGCGACCCGCCGCUGCUUAUGAGCGCACAGCAUCACCAGUGCGUCUACCCGCCGCAGCUGUCAUCCGCCGCGGCAGCGGUCGCGGGGGCGGCUGCUUCUUGGUCGUGCCCACCGCUGCCGCCGUUGUCGCCGGCGGUGGCGGUGGCUGCCUUAUCACACACGACGGCGUCAGCAGGCGGCGACCGCUUCGCCGGCGGCACCGUCACCGCGCCCCUGCUGGGGCCGCCGCCCCGCCCCGCCGCCGCUUUCACCCGCCCAUCUUCGUGCUUUGACAUCUUUGAGGCCGCAGCAGUUGCCUCCUCUGCGGCCGCGACUCGCCGCGGCGGCGGCGUACUUGUCGGCAGCGUUCCCGACAGCAGCAGCGGCUGCCUGCCGAACCAGCUGCUGCUGCAGCCCCCAUCGCCGCCGCAUCACGCGGCGCUGUGGGGUGCCGCCGCCAGCAGCAGCAGUGGAGCGGCGGCGGCAGGCAUGCACACCAGUAGUGCGGCGGCUACCGCCGACGCCCUCGCGGCCGCGUGCUGCACACUCGCCCACACGGGCGCCUGCACCACUGCCGGCACCACCGGCGGCGGCACCCUCUGCAACUUCCCCAACAUCAGCUUUGUUGCAGCCGGCGGCACAGCAGCCGGCGGCGGCGGCGGCAGCGGCACCUUGCCGCAGCUGCUAGACGCAAACGGCUCUCAUCAUAGGCAAAGCGCCGGCUCUUGGGGAGCCCCGCAAUACAUGCUGCAACAGCAACAGCCCCAGCAGCAGCUUCUGCAGUGGGCUCAGCAGCUGCAGCAUGGCCCUCGGUCAUCCGGCCUCUUACUUGCGGCGUCCACUUCAGAGAACUGCGGCGGCGGCGCCUAUGGCGGUGGCUAUGGCGGCGGUGGCGGCGGCCGGCGCUCAAACCUUGCACCCGCUUUCAACGCCACCGGCAGCGACAGCUACAUCUUUCUACCCUCCCAAGAGCAGUAUGUGCGACAGCCCCAGCAGCAGCAACGGCUUCACAGCAGCUGCAAGCAGCUGUCGGCUAUAGCUGCAGCCACUGCUGCCGCUACGGCUGCGGCGGCGGCCUCGCCUUUUGCCACGCCGGUGGCUAUUGGUGGCGCCGCCGCCGCAGCCACCAGUCUGGCCGCCUGGCCGGCGGCUGUGUUGACGGAUGUCUAUGUCACGCUGGGCAAAGAUGACUUAGACAUGGACGGAGUUUGGGAGGCCGUGGCGGCGGCGGCGGCUGGCGACUGCGGCGGCUGCAGCAGCAGUAGCUAUGCUAUGAUGGAGAUGUGAUGAGAUGAGCAACCGAGUUGCGUUGUUAUGAUACGUGCGUUAUGUUUAAAAUUUCCGGCCUUGCUGGGAUCCAUGUCCUGGAACUCGUCCACCUCGAUCCCGCGUGGACCCAGCAGCAGGCUCUUGGUCGUUGCAAUGAGGGUGUUGCGCGUUCUGUUGGAAUGCGUGUCUUCCCUGACGAUUGCCCGAGCGAGAUGAGAAUGGAGUCCAUGGACUCGAUUGCCGCCAAAUGAAGGACCAACAUGCACGCAAGGAACUGUUGAUGCUGCAUGCUCGACGCAUGCAAUCGAUUGGAUGGGCGAUGCAACAUGCAUGCAAGCAAGAAUGCCAGCGAGGCUGGAGCGAUGAUGACGUGGUGAGCGCCAAGCAAGCAAGGUGGAUGGAUGGGGGGCAAUGAGGGAUGCGUGCAGCAGACCUGCUGGGGCGAAUUGCGUGCGUGCAGCAGGUGCACUGCGGGCGGGGGUGAUGAGAUGCGCGCAUGCGAGCACUCAAAGUUUAUUUGCUUCGUACGAAUGCGUGCCGUGUGUACGGCGGGGUACGGGUGCCAGCGAGCCCGUGGGUGAGUGCAUGGAUGGGGGAGCGACUACAGCAGGCGACGUGGUACAUACGAGUGGGUGAAUGAUGUGUUGGGCGGGGGUGCAAGGAGGAGCUGAUCACUGGAUUGCGCUUCGUGCAAAGCACGCAAUUAGACAAAAUUAUGAGCGUGAGAGAAAGAGCGAGAGGACAAUAUCAUGUGUGCGAGAGAAAGCAAGAGAGGGCCAGAUGUGGCUCCGCCAGUUGCAUGCGCGCUUGGAGUUGGAAUGGUGUCACGUAUGACUCAUCGGCCUUGAACUUUAAAAAGGCGGAUGGUGAACACCAGGUGCGAAGGAUUGAAUAGGUAUGGGCCUCCAUGCGUGUGUGCGCUCAUACCAGCACAUGCACCAGUGUUGCUUGACACUCGUUCAUUCUUACUACUUGAUUGCCUGCGGCGGGUGGCGGGCUGUGGCUCCUUGGCUGCUAGUGCCAGCCGCGGCGCCGGACGGAGUGCGUGGGUGCGUUUAUUUGCACUGCUGGCUUAUGUUCACUCCCGGCGCCCGCUGGAUGCGCGGCGGAAUAAGGGGCGUUUGGUGCAGGGCGGGUGAGGCGGCUGCCUUGGCCGCCCUGUUAGUUGCCUGCCUGUUGCAUGCCUGGUGCUGCUGGGGACACCAUCCCCGCACCUCACAUCCACAUGGCGCGCACGAGUUAGUCAAUUUUGUUUAUUAUAGCGUGUGUGUGAGUUGGCAUUUGUAGCAUCACCAUCAUCAUCAUCACCAUUAUCAUCAUCAGCAGCAGCAGCAGCAGCAGCAGCAGCAACAAAUGGCUGCUGCUGCUGGACAUCUUGCAUGGCUGGCCAGCAAUUAAGGGUCGCACCUGUGCCUGAUGACUGAUACCUGCUGGCUAUGGGGCGGCUGGCUACCCCCACUUACGCACUGACGCUUCUCAUGCUGAGGUUAGAUAGGGCUUGCCUGGGUGACUGCGGCGUGUGAAUGAGUCUUGGGGGCCCUCUGGCCAGCAGGAGGAUGUCACGCAGGAGCGUUUCCGAUGGCCACGCAAUCACGCACGUUUAAUCUUACUGUCACGCACAUGCAUCUCUUGAUCCAACAACUGCUGUCUGGGAUGAGAUUCAAAAUGCAUCCGUGCAUCUUAACUGCUCAAUCUUACAAAAGGAGAAUGCGCUGCAUUCAAUCAAAAGCUCAGUUCAAGUGCGUUUACAGUAAUGUGCGGCUAUGCAUUGAAGCGGCUGAUCACCGGCUGUGCCCGCAUGCACACGCUGGGUUGAGGCCGGCGGCACGCACCGCGGCAGGCCCUGGGGGUGCACCGUGGAUGUGCAGAGGCUCUUUCAAUAUAUUGUGCAAUACCGUACAUUUUCUUGAGGACGUUUGCAAGCAGUACUUCCUGCACGCGUGUUUGGACCUGCAUGGAGCAGGGGCGACUGCAUUUUGGACCCAGGAGUAUACGGUACAACCGUACGUUAGGGGCGACUGCAUUUUGGACCCAGGAGUAUACGCUAUAACCGUACGUUAGGCCACGGACAGGCGCCAGAGGUUGAUGCCGGAAUUGCAAUGUCGUGCGGAUGGCAGCAGAGAUCUGUGGGAUUGCUGUGCAGGGCAGGGCACCUGUGGAUGGGUUGAUCACCUGAACCGGCCCGUUGCGAGGCGGUGGCACGCAAGCAAGGGUGCUUGGUGCUCCGUACCUCCGAUCGACACAGCUGCCGUUGCCACAUGUAGGGCCUGCAUAUCUAUGUUUCCGUUGCUAGAUAUACAGGGGCUGGCGAAGUGGUGCACGGAUGGAGCGAUAGAUACCUGAGGGAAUGAGGGAUUAGCCGCGCAAGCCACAGGCUGGGGCCAACCGCAUCAACGUCAGCCUAUUCCAGUUUUCCCGCUAGCUCUGGUAGGCUGGGGGCGUGCGGAGCGGUGCCGCCCAGUGGGCCCCGCCUGGGCCCGCGGUUUGUAAGGUAGAACUCCGGACGUUGCCUUCUCAGGAUCCCGGCAGGAAAGUGAUGACAGCGGUGCUGGCGUCAACUUCAAGGAUCAUGCGAGGAAUUGACGAAGCGCGACCGGAAUCUCUGCGGGCCAGUGGGCCCAUGGAAGAUUGCCCCAUA